GUUUAUUUGGAACACGUAGGAAUGUAGGAUCCCGAAAUAUUGUGCUGCUGAAGUCCGAUAGUUUUAUUUUAUUUACUAUAGUUUUAAUGACAAAAUGGUUAUUUAUGUUUAUAUGGCUCGCAGUUUGUCGUUUUAUUGUUUAAAACCAAAAAAAACUGUAAAUCAAUCUGUACACCAUGGCUCUUUCAAAAUGCCAACAAGUUUUCAGUAAACUUCGCCAAUGCACUAACCUAGCUUCUGUAUAUGGAAUGAACAACAAACAUGUACAAAGACAAUAUACAACUGACAAGCGAAUUCAAGUUGCGAAUCCCGUUGUGGAGAUGGACGGAGAUGAAAUGACAAGAAUCAUCUGGGAAAUGAUAAGAGAAAAGCUUAUCUUGCCUUACAUGAAAGUUGAUUUGAAAUACUAUGAUCUUGGAAUGGAAUAUCGAGACCAGACCGAUGACCAAGUUACCAUUGACUCAGCAUUAGCAACCUUGAAAUACAACGUUGCUGUGAAAUGUGCAACUAUUACUCCUGAUGAAGACAGAGUUGUGGAGUUCAACUUGAAACAAAUGUGGAAAAGUCCGAACGGAACGAUCCGUAACAUCUUGGGAGGAACCGUCUUCCGUGAACCGAUCAUGUGCAAAGUUGUCCCGAGGUUGGUUCCUGGUUGGGAAGAGCCAAUCGUGAUAGGAAGACAUGCACAUGGUGAUCAGUACAAAGCUACUGACUUCGUAGCCCCAGGACCAGGAAAGCUUGACCUAACCUACACACCUGCUAAUGGUGGUGCACCUGUUAAUAUGGAAGUGUAUGACUUCAAGGAUGGUGGUGGUGUUGGCAUGGCCAUGUACAACACUGAUGCUUCGAUCACCGACUUUGCCCACAGUUGCAUGCAAGUUGCUUUGCAAAAGAAAUGGCCUCUCUAUAUGAGCACUAAGAAUACAAUCAUGAAGAAAUAUGACGGAAGGUUCAAGGACAUCUUUGAAGAUGUUUUCCAAAAGAAUUACAAGAAAGAUUUUGAUGCCAACGGUAUGUGGUACGAACACAGACUUAUUGAUGAUAUGGUAGCCCAGGUUCUUAAAUCAUCCGGUGCAUUUGUAUGGGCGUGUAAGAACUAUGAUGGGGAUGUUCAAUCAGAUAUCCUGGCUCAAGGUUUUGGUUCCCUUGGUUUGAUGACUAGCGUGUUGGUUUGUCCUGAUGGGAAAACUGUUGAAUCUGAAGCCGCCCAUGGCACGGUUACCCGACAUUACAGGGAACAUCAGAAGGGCAACCCAACCAGCACGAAUCCCAUCGCUUCCAUCUUUGCAUGGACUCGUGGUCUUGAACACAGAGGCAAACUCGACGGUAAUCCGGACCUGGUUAAAUUUUGCCAAACUUUGGAAAAGGUUUGCGUAGAUACGGUUAAUAAUGGAGUCAUGACAAAGGAUCUAGCAGGCUGUAUUCAUGGCCUUAAAAAUGUUAAACUCAAUGAGCAUUACGUCAUAACAACAGACUAUCUGCAAGCUGUGGAAGAAGGCUUGAAAAAGGCGCUUUAAAUUAUUAAAUUUAAUCCAACCGUUUUUAAAUAAUAAUGAUCAGUUUUAAAUCGUAUAUCUGCUGUCUAACCACUUCACCUAUUACCAGCAUAACAAUUAGGUAAUGGGAAAAAAAUCACUGUCAAAUUAAUUCUAUACCUGUAGUUUUCUCAUUUGUUUUAGAAAAGGGAUAAUUGUGCUAUUUGCCGCAUAGAAUGAAAUUUUUGGGCGAAUUUCAGGUUUUAUUUCAUUUCGUGCCUUGUUUUUAUGAUGCUGUUUAUUGAUCGGUGUCAAAAAACUUUUCAAGCAGGUUUUAUUAAAGGAGCAAAUAAAAAA